CUCACGCCAGCGUACCGCUUGAGAGCCACAGAGGCACAGGGAGCACUUGCAACAGCCCGUGUGCAAGGACAAAUGGGAACCUCAUGCAUCUCAUCCCCGUACUCGGUCGCUGGCGGGCCGUCGCUCUUUUUUCAUCAUCACAAGGACAUUGAACUGCGCCUCGAGUACAACGCCGACUGCAUCUAGACGUGUAUCAUCUCAUCUCACUCCACACUCUGUACUGUUGGGACCACGUAUAUGAGCCAGCGCUGACGCCUCUCGCUGGCAAACAUCCUCACCGCCUGCCCUGCAUUAAGCAAACUUCUUUGCUUUAACCCGUCUCUUUCCGCAUCCAUCAACGCCACACAACACAAGUGCAAGACGCCGGCUCCUGCGCCUUUCCAUCUGCCCAUAGUCAAACACAGACACACACACCUUAUCUCACAAUGUGCAUCGCCAUACUCACAACGGCGCAUCCAGACUACCCCUUCAUACUACUGAACAAUCGAGAUGAAUAUCUCCAUCGCCCAACUGCAGAAGCAACAUGGUGGCCUUCACCAGACACACAGGUCCUAGGUGGCUAUGAUCUUCAUCGCCCUGUACACGGCACCUGGAUGGGUGUCACUCGCCAAGGCCGCAUCGCUGUACUCACAAACUACCGCGAGGAGGAUGAAAAGAUUGUUGAGGGUGCACGCAGCAGAGGUCUAAUCCCAAAUGCAUGGUUAAAAAGCGACCCUGCAAAGGAAGAAACUACCGACGAAUUCGCAAAGCGAAUGAUUGAACAGGACGGCGUCGAAGGCGUCGGCGGCUUCUCACUAUGUUAUGGCUUCAUGCAAGACGUCGUCAAAAAGGGAAAGGGGCUAGCCAUUGUUAGCAACCGCACUCCAGAUGUUCACGGCGUAGUUCGUUUGCUCCAAAAACCCGAUGAAACCCACGCCCUGAGCAACGCUGCAUACAGCGAUCGUUCAUGGCCCAAAGUUAUUCACGGCGAGGAAUGGACCAAGAAAGCUAUUACCGAAUCGGUCGCUGCAAACGAAUCUCGCGAUCAACUCAUCCAACGCCUCCUGGCCCUGCUCAGAACAGACACAAUGCCUCGCCAAAAGGAAAAUGAAGAGUGGGACAUGUAUUUGAAUCAGUUGCGCCACAGCAUCUUCAUUCCAGCCAUCGGAAGAGACCACCUAGAAGAGCACAAGAUGCCUGCACAUGAGAUUGGCGAUGUGGUCAAGAACAAGGCGGCGGAUGCAACCAGUGGGUGCUAUGGCACGCAGAAGAAUAUCGUAGUGCUGUGUGAUCACCAGGGCAAAGUGACAUAUUUGGAAAGGACAUUAUACGACGUUGAUGCCAAACCAAUCGAAGACGGCAAAGGGGAUCGCAUGUUUGAAUUUCAGAUUGAGGGAUGGUAGGGUAAGCUAGACUUGAUAGGCGCUUGCAGCAGACAGGUGAAUGGAUUCCGUAUGGUCCAGUCAACUUCCAUUAGAAGAAUCCCACUCAAGCUACGAUUUCCAUUUUCAUUAGUUUUUUCCAUCACAACACCAAAGCACUUUCACGUUGUUUCCAUCAGCAAGACAGUUUGCUUACAGAGUUGUUGCGCAUAGUACAUUAACAAGACCAUUUUUUUCCU